UUUCACGAAGGACUCGGGUGAUGCUGCCGAGCUGCCUUUGAGCCCUGACUCCUUGGUUUCCUGGGUCGGAGGAGAUCUUAUAAUGGAAUGGUUCUUCGUCUCACACUAACAAGAUGCCUGAUUUCUUCAGGAUCGAGGGAUUGAAUAAUGUCCCGAGUUCCACUGGGGAAAGUCCUCCUGAGGAAUGUCAUCCGGCACACAGAUGCUCACAAUAAGAUACAGGAGGAAUCAGAUAUGUGGAAAAUAAGAGAAUUGGAGAAACAGAUGGAAGAUGCUUACCGAGGAACCAAAAGGAAAAUGUUACCCAGCAGUUCAAGCCGGAUGCGUAGUGAUGGUUUUGAUGAAGAAACUCAGAGAGACUAUUGGAGGCCAAAGAGUGAAAUUUCUGGAGCACUGGAAGAUAAUUUUCUUAAGGCUAAAUCCUGGAACAAAAAGUUAUAUGAUUAUGAAGCUGACAUGCCAGACAGAUGGGGUCACAGUGGUUAUAAAGAGUUAUACCCUGAAGAAUUUGAAACAGACAGUAGUGAUCAGCAAGAUAUUACCAAUGGAAAAAAAACAUCUCCCCAGGUAAAAUCAUCUACCCACGAAUCUCACAAGCACAAGAAGUCAAAGAAAUCCCACAAAAAAAAGCAGAAAAAGAAGUCACACAAAAAACAGAAGAAAAGUAAAAAGGAAGCCAUAGAUAUAAUGGCAGAUUCCUCAAGCGAGUUCUCAGAAGAAACUGGAGCUUCUAGUACUAGGAAACAACCACAUAAGCGUAAGAAAAAAUCCAGGAAAAAGUCUCUCAAAAAAUCUGCUUUAGUCUUAGAGGCAGAAAGUGACACUUCUCAGUCAGGAGAUUCUGCAUCUAGCAGUUCUGAGAAAAGCGAGGAAAGAGACACUAAGAAAACCAAAAGGAAAAAGAGAGAUAAAAAAAUCCAUAUUCCUGUAGUAAACAAUGAGAUACAGGAGAGGACAAACAAACGCACAAAUUGGAAAGUGGCUACAGAUGAAAGGUCUGCUGAGAGCUCAGAGGAGGACUAAACGCAGAAGAAACAUUCUUCAGUUUCCCAUGUGACUGGAUAUGUACAGCUAUUACACCUUGGGGCUUUGCCAGUGACUCUUACUGCUCACCACAGGGGGCCUGAGGGCAGAGCUCUUCGUGCCACCUGUGUGCGUUCUGAUAGACUUGUCUUCUAUUUUGGCCUGUUAAACUUGAUCCUCUUAUUGAUAAUGGGGAAUCUGGUAUUUUGUUAUGAAAGUUUUUUGAAGAGAUUAUUUUUUGCAAUUAAUUACAUUCAGCAUAGAGUGCAUAUACAGCAAAUUAAAGGACCCAGAAAGCUGAAUCCAGUGACCUGGGUAUACCAAUUGAAAUGUUGAAUUUUGGAGAAAGCAAUACCAUAUAGAAUGGUCUAAGGGAACAUUGUGUUGCUCUCAUUGGUUUAUUAAGCAGUUGCCACUUGACAUUUUUGUCUUCAGCCUUGGUGCUUUUUAUUUUGGCCCCAUACGUGUGGUCCAAUAACAAAUAUUUUCCCUUUAUAACACCCACAGACAGCUGUUAUUAGAAGAGGAUAGGGUUUUCUGUCAAAUUUACCUGCUGGACAGGGACUGUAGCUAUACUUAGUAUACCCUUAAAACAUGGUAAUUGGAUAGUAAAUGGUUUUCUAGUACCAUUGCUGUAUAUUGCCUAAAUGGACUUGUGUUCAAAAUUAUUUCUUCACUAGUCUUAGGUAAGUCCUCAACCAAAUGGGGAAGAAUUAGGAAUCAGUCGUGCUGUCUGAUGGUGCUAUGAACAGGAUUCAGGGCAGUGUCUGCCAUUUAAAUGUUGUCCUCCUCGUUCCUAAAUCUAUUAAUGAACUUUAGACUUUUCCUGAAACUAGGUUGAAUCGGUUCCAAAAUGAAACAGGCUUCUCAGGGACAUACUCAAUUCUUCCCAGUCUGCCUUUGGAUUAAAGAACCAAGCAGAAACCAUAUUAUUUUCCUUUGCUAUAUACUGUAAUCCCUACUAUGUUAAUUAAGAAACCAAAAUAACACUGAAACGAUGGCAGAACACAAGUUAAUUUUUUCAUUACGGCAGAAGAUCAAGUGACUGUUUUUUUCCUGGUUGUCACUUCAUUGGCUAAGUAAAAAGCUUGAAAACUCAGACUCAUUCUCUUGGUUCUGCCACUAAUUGGUUAUGAGGUCCGGAGCAGGUAAGUAAACCUCCCUGGCUUUUAACCCCAUGUGUAAUACAGAAAUACUUCAUGAUAAAAUGACAGUGUAAGACACCAGCAAUAGAAUAUAACGUUUCAUGAGGUGGUAAUAUUUUGUAGUUCUAACUACUAAAUUUGUUCUCUUUACAGAUUUCUAAUAAAACGCUUAGUCAUAAAAUACAUGGUUGGCCAGAGGUUCCCUAUCCUGUGAUUAUAAGCAGGUGCUACCUUUUGGGAUAUUUAUUUGAAAUAGUAAUACUUUGGUACUCAACUGUCAAUGUUCCAUGAUGUAUAUUUCUACCUUUGGGAUUAACAGGGGCCCAAGGCGGAAAAGAAGUCUAUAAUUACUACCUCUUAACCUAAAGCAAUUGUUUUGUUCUUGGAGCAAGUGAAAUUUUUGUUGUAAGGAGUGUUCACUUUUUUGUUUUUGUAAGCACUGUUUCCGUGCUAUGAAAGUACUGAUUCUAAGCAGACUCAGGAAGAUGGGCCAGUGGAACAAGGUAUCUCCAGGAAGUUGAUUCUGUUUGGGUCUUGACCUUCCCUUCCUCCCAUACUAGCAGGCCUAUCUCUUUCCAAACGAAUGCACAUCUUGCCUCUUGUUUUUUUGCCAUGUUUACCUUUUCUUGGUCAUGUAUAAGCAAUAAAGCUAUUUUCUGUUCUUCA